AUGGCAAAGAGACGUUUGGACGAGUUCGAUCAAUUAUUGAGUGAGAAUGCUGACGCGCUCAUUGUUAUCGACUUCUAUGCGACAUGGUGUGGACCAUGUAAAAUCAUGGGACCGAAGUUCACUAAGAUGUCAACUGAGCAUCCGUCGGUGGUUUUCGUCAAGAUUGAUGUUGAUGAAACCGAAGAUGUCGUCUCACGUUUCGAUAUCAAAGUAAUGCCCACAUUCAUUUUUAUGCGCAACGGAGCACAAAUUGACAUCGUCGAAGGCAGUCUUGAGGACGAUCUGCGUCGAAAAAUCGAACAACACAAGUGA